UAUCGCUCAGUCAGCCAUAACACGACGCGACGACGCGUCACGUCAGCCAUCUUUGUUUUUGUUUGCUUGGUUUUUAUCAAAUAUAAUUUUACACUAUAAAUUAAUGCUAAUUUAAAAUGGCAACAGUCAACGGUAAAGAUUUAAAUAUGGAACCAGCGGUGCCGCCAUCUUCGUUGAUCCGACGCGUCAGUUCGCGAUCCAUUCGAAAUUCAAUAUCGGAAGACAAAGAAAAUGGCGUCGAUAAUAAUUCAAAGGGUUCCUUCGUCAGUAAAUAUAAAAAAGCACCGGAAGCGUUGAAGAGUUUCCAUUUAAAUGAUGUUGAAAAUGAAUUAGAAGUACCCGGCACACCAAUGACGCCACGGACGUCGACGACACCUGGUCAUGAGAACUGCACCUUUCACCAUGAUUUGGAGUUGGACCACAGGCCGCCGACCAGAGAGGCUCUCCUACCCGAUAUGGCUAACUCCUAUAGACUUUUACUCACAGGUUUGGGUGAGGAUCCAGAGAGACAGGGUCUACUGAAGACGCCAGAAAGAGCAGCGAAAGCGAUGCUGUUCUUCACCAAAGGCUACGAUCAGAGCUUGGAAGAGGUCCUAAACAAUGCGAUAUUCGACGAAGACACAGACGAGAUGGUAGUUGUAAAAGAUAUCGAAAUGUUUUCUAUGUGCGAACACCAUUUGGUGCCAUUCUACGGGAAGGUGUCUAUCGGAUAUCUGCCUCAAGGCAAAAUACUUGGCCUUAGCAAGCUGGCGAGAAUAAAAAAAACUUCUAUUUAUUGUAGACAUAUGUGCAUGGUGAUGCGCGGUGUCCAGAAGAUAAACAGCAAGACGGUCACCUCGACCAUGCUGGGCGUCUUCAGAGAUGACCCCAAGACCAGGGAGGAGUUCCUCAAUCUGGUGCACUCCAAAUAAAAACGAUUUAAUUCUCUUAUUAAAACUUUCGUGAGAUAUUAUACUAUAUUAUUUAUAACACGGGUAAAAACUCACGUGGGAACUUUCGGUGUAUUCACCGACUAGUUUCAGACCCGUAGGGGGUCCUUAGAAGUCCUUAGAAGGGGGGGUCGUAGAAGGACCCCCUACGGGUUAGAAACUAGUCUGUGCCUACACCGAAAGUUCCCACCUGAGUUUUAGCCGUGUUACAAAUAAUAUGGUUUAAUUCUCUUUUAUUUUAGAU